GACUGCGCCAACCUCAUCGAGUCGUUCGUGCGCCACUACGCCGCGCUCGGCUUCUGCCGGCUGCUGCUGUACCUCGACGACCCCUCGGACGCCGCCCGGGGCGUGCUCGAGGAGAGCGGGUGGCUGGCCGCGGGCCUCGUCGAGCUGGUGGGCGUGGACGGCGCCCUCCGCGAGGCGUGGCGCUCGCUGCCGUCCUGGCAGCGCGUGGGGCACUUCUCCAGCAUGGAGGUGCAGAGCAGGCAGAUCCUGAACGGCGAGCACGCCCUGGGGCGGGCGAGCGAGAUCGGCGCCGAUUGGCUUCUGCACGUGGACUGCGACGAGCUGCUGCUGCUGCCCGAGCCCGCGCCGUGCUUCUUCGCGGGGCUGUCGGGGCGAGGAUGCACGAUGUACACCUUCAGCAACGUCGAGGGGGUGCCGGAGGCCGCUGAUUCCGCUGACGUGCUGCGCAGCGUCCGGGUGUUCCGCCAGAACCUCGGGGUGCUGCCGAGGAACCCGCAGUCUGGCGCCGCCUUCUUCGGCUGGCAGCUGCGGUUGGGCGGCUGGUUCAUCUCCUACGAGAACGGUAAGAGCGCGGUGAGCGUCAAGAACGCCAUCAAGUGCCUCUCGGUUUGCAUGUGGCAGGUCGAGCCGUGGCUGGAGCUGGGCAAGCCACAGGCACCUGAUGGCUCGACUUGUACCUGGUUCACCAACAACGUCCUGUUGUGGGAGGCGGCCGUGAAGCGGAGGAGGGAAGGGCGGCUGGCGAGGGAUGAGGAGGUGCCUCGCCUGGACACGUGCCGGGAGGCCGUCCUUCUCCACUUCUGCGUGUGCGACUUCGUGUCGUUCUGGAGAAAGCGCUGGACGCAGCUGGGCUACUUGUCUGCCAGCGACCAGUUCCGCGUGCGCAGCUCGUCGGGUGCCAUGAUGGCUCGGUUCUACCGCUUGCAGCGCGAGGGCCGCCUGGUCGAGGCGCGAGAGCUCUACGAGACGAUGUGCGUGUGCAGCUCGGAGGAGACGGUCCGGUCGCAGGUGGAGCUCGGCAUCCUCCUGCGGGCGGACCCGCAGCGACCCAGCGGCGCGGCAGGGCCCCCCUGGCCGCGGUCCCCCCGCGAGGUUCGCUACGCUCUGCUCGCGGAGGCCUGCGAGGCCCGCGCCAGGCACUGCGAGGCCUGGAUGCUCCUCGGCAAGGCGAUCGAGGCCGCCGUGGACGCCGGGGGCGCGGACGCCCGCGCCGUGGCCGACCUCCGCCAGCGGCAGGCCGCGUGCGCGGCGGCGGCGGGGCUGGCGUGCGCCGCGCAGGAGCCCGCGGCCUCGCGCGGCGCCAGGCCGAGCCCGCCGCUGCCCACCGUGGCGGAGCUGCAGGAGCACGUGGCCCGCGCGGUGCUGCCCGACCCGAGGGACUCGCGCGUGUACCGGGCGGUGAUGGGGGUCGCGAUGGCCUGGUGGCAGGAGGUGGACGGCCAGGAGCGCGAGCUCCUCGCCGCGCUGGGGCGCGCGGCAGCCGAGGCACGGGUGGAGUUGGCGGCCGUGGGGGGCUGCGUCAGGCCGAGGCCGAUGCGCCCAGUCCGAGAGCUGUGGGACGCCAGCGAGGCCGAGCUCGGACAGAACGGUGCCGCCGUGCUGCCCCUCGGCGCCGGCGCGGGCGGCCUCUGGUCGGUGCUCGCCGGGGCCUGCGAGGCCGCCCUCGGCGAGCGAAGCUCGGUGACGGUCAAGGGGUGCAACAUGGACGGCCAGGCGUUCGUGAAGCCGUGGGGGCUGUUCGGCGCCCUGACGGCGGAAGUGUUCCGCGCCUUCGGCAUCAAGGACCUCGAGGUCCUCACAGAGAUAAGAGUUUCGCGCUUUCGGGAGUGCAGGUCAUCGGGCGGGCCAGAGGUCGACAACGGGGGCCUGCUGCCAGACAACCGCCGCGAGGUCUCGUUCCGGCUCUUCGUGCCCACCUCCGAGGAGGUGCCAGGCCCGCCCGCGACCCUGCUGCUGCGUACCAAGGACGGCGAGAAGUCUCUGUCCUUCGGCAUCCGGCCAGGGCACCUGUUCCUGUGGUGGAGCCGCCAGACGUUCCACCAGGUGCUUGGGGGCGAGCCGUUCUAUUGCCUCGCCUGCUGGGGCGUCGUGCCGCAGACGGGCGACUGCCCGGUCGCGGCGGGCGAUUCGCACGUCGGCGCGAUCGCGUGGCAAGCGAUCGUGGCCAGGUUUGGGGACGGCAAGUACACCAGCGGGCGCGAUCGCCUGCGUCGGUUUCCCUCGGCGGGCGAGGCGAUCGACAAGUUCCUUUCCGAACCGCAAGACCUCACCUUGCCGAUCACAGUCAGGGUCUCUGACAGGGCAAAGGCCCGUGUCGUCGGUGCCAAGUUCGUGAAGCUCGACGGCCCCGUCCCGGUCGACGGCUUCACCGAGGACGACUUGCGCAACCUCGAGCUGGAGAAGCUCCUGAUUGUGGUGCCCGCCGUCUGUCUCCCGUGCGAUGCCGGGUGGCUUGCCUCGGUGGAUUAUGUCUCGGUGGCGCUGCGGUCAGCCCUCGGCGAGGAGAUGCCCGCGGAUGUUACCUGCAUGGCAUGCGGCUCUGCCCAGCCAGAAUUGCUCGAGCUGGCCGAGCUCGUCCCGCAGCCCGAGGAUUGGAACAUCGGGGUCCUGCUGCGGUCCGUCCUGUUCCCUGAUCCCGCUGCGCGGGGCGACCCGAGGCGCGUUGGCUUCAAGCUCUCCGUCGACGGGCAGAUCGAGGGGGAAAGGUACCUCACCGCCGACGUGCACGAUGGCGAGGGCGCAAGGGGCGACGAGGUCAACGUAGUCCGCGAAGCUGCCGCGCUGGAGUGGGCAGGUCGCCCGCGUGGCACCUGCGUGGCUGGCAGCCCGGGCACGGCCCGCGGUGAGGCAGGGGCCGGCGGCGACCCUCAGAGCGCCCGCGGGAACUUCGAGAGCGAGCUGCCGGACGCCAUCGGCGGCCAGCAGAUCUCAAGCAUAAUCGACCAGAUAGAGAGGAGAAGCGUGGAUGACCGUGGCCUCGCUUCUGUGGCAGCGCUACCUUCCGCUCCCGGGUCGCUUCUCCAGGCCAGGCUCGCCCUGGGCGUGCUGGCGCAUGUCGCCCGCGCGGCUCCAGAAAGCAAGGCCGACUUCGGCCUCGGGGCUCUCGUCGUGGCAGGCAGCCGCGACGCGGACAAAGCUAUCCAGCUGGCGAUGCCGCGGGCGCUGGAGAAGGUCGGCGGCCCCAAGGUGAAGGAGGGCGAGCCCAUCUGGGCGAUUUCUUUUUUGGAAGACGCAGCCUCGAGCUCUGGGGGGGCGGGCCUGGUGGCCAGGAUCAAAGGGGCAAAAUGCACCGCGGGUCUCCUAGCGCUCAACAGGGCCAUCGAGCGCGAGCCACAGAACUGGUCCGCCCGCGUCGACGCCGCGGCCUUCGGCCAGCUCGGCUGCGACGCCGACGGCUUCCGCGGGGACCACGGGCGCUCCUGGGAGAUGCUGCCGUCUCUGCGUGCGCUCCACAGGUCCCAGCAGUGCGACCCCCUCGGCGGCCCGAUCGCUCAGUUCUUGACGGCCACGCUGCAGUCAGUGGGUGCGACAGGCCCCCGGAGGCUGGGCGGCCUGGCGCGCGAACGGCUCCUGGAGGCAGGCCUGGUUGAUCGCGGGUAUUCCGGACCCUCGGCCCGCAGCAGCAGCCAGCUGCGCUGGGUCAGCGUGUCCGUCGCCUGUCUCUCCCGGCUCUCGCUCGGGCGCCCUGCGGGUGGGGCGAUGGCGCCCUGUUUCGUCGCGCCCCCGACCGAGCAGCUGGUGUGCCGGCCUUUCGACGCAUUUGUCUUAUGUUGCCGCGUCGAGGAAUCGGUGCUGGUCCUGACCUGCGGCGUGUCUGGCGCCCAUCGUGCCGUGACUGGGCUCGCGGGCGGUUCGUGCUUGGGGGGCAGCGCGCACUUGGUGGCGCUUCUCACCCUCGCCGCAGACAACCUCGGCAUCCUGUCCGAGGGGGCGACGGUCACGCCCCGGAGGCCCGUCGCGCCGCCCGAGCGCGGCUUCAUCUUCCGCGCGCCGCGCGCCUUCGACCUCGAGCCGAGCGCCCAGGCCCAGGGGGCCGUUCUCGACCGCGACCGCAGGGCCGACGAGAUGCCGGUGCCGGGGCUCUUCUACGAGGUUGACUACCUCCGCCGGAUCCAGGACCCCGAAACGUCGAGCCUCUGCGUGCUCGCGCUCGUGCCCUGGCGCCUCCUGGUGACCGUCGUCCUUGCCCCCUGGCUAGGCACCAUGCUCGCAUUCAGCACGCUCUCCACGGACACGAAAGUGCUUACCGUUGGGGCUGCCCUGGCCUACAUGGCCCUGAACUUCUACUUCCUGUGGACGCUGGUGCUCGCAGCACAGGUGGUCUGGCAGGGGGCCUGCCGGCUCCAGCAGCGCCUCGUCCGCAACGACGGCGAGGAGAGGAGGGCGCGGGUGCAGCAGCUUCGCUAUUUGGAGGACAUCGGGUACGCGGAGCCGCCCUACCUGUUCGGCCGCGUCCCCCUCGACUUCGCCGUCUUCCUCUACGCCCUGGUGCUUCUAGCGGUCGGCUCGUGGGGCUUCCUGCACGUGUCCGCCACUGGGCACACGCUGGGCGGCUGGGCGGCGCUCUCGAGCGUCGUCGCGCAGGAACUCCUCGAGCGGCUCGCGGCCGCGGAGAGGCGGCGCGCCGUCGAGCUCGGGCGCGAGGGGCUGGCACCUACGCCCCCUGUGCAGACUACACCCGCCGACGCCCAUGGCCAGCCUGCGAACGCUGGGCGACGCCGCGGCGCGCAGGCUCGAGGCCUGGCCCCAGAGAUCCGGAGGCGUGCUUUUUUCCACUCUGUUUUUUCCAGUCGCCGCCCCCGGAAGACUCGACCCAUUCCCCAGCUGGGCGUCGCGUAGAGGGGGCGGCGUCAUGACGGGGGGGGUGGCCAAACGGUACGGGGGGUCCGAAGAGGUGCCCAGACGGUACCGAAACGAGCCCACUGGGGCUCCGGAGGGGCCCGAAGAGGGCAGGAGAGGGGACCGCCUCCGACCUCGCCAUCUAUGACCCCCCCAUCAAGCCACGCCCAACCCACGACCGAUUUUUCAUCCCGAGUCGUUUCUUGCCGGUCCAAUGGGGCCCGGCGCCCGAGCAGUCGGAAGCUGGG